GUUUUUGGAGCAGUUGGAGCUUACCUUGAAGGUAAGGCAUCCAAUUUGGAUUUUGUACUGGAAAUCCUUUUUCUCGAAAGCGCAGGAGAUUUGUACUGGAAAUCUUGAUCAAGCAUGCCGGUUUGGUUAUAUGGACCUGGUAUGAUUUUUCCUAGGUGAUGUUAUUGGCAUCCCAGGACGCUCAGUACGGGUGGCACAUAAACAAGAUGUUGAGUGAAUGCCAACUUUGUCUCAGGUUUCAUUCGCCCAUGUUGUCACGAGUCUUUUGUCCUUGUGCUUCCGUUUUGCUUUGCUGCUGCCAGUAGCAGGUCCCAGAAUGUACUUUUGCAAUCCAAGUGUAGUAGUGCCGUACAAAAUGCUAGCCAGGGGCAAGGUCAAUGCAAGUGGUCAAUAUGGCCGGGCUUGCCCAAUGGCCCACGAACAAAACACUAAUUUUUCCAAAUUUUAUUUUGGCAUGACCUAACUUUUGCAAGGACAAAAUUUGCUUUCCUUGCAUUGGGUAUUCGGGUGUAAAAGAAGUGUAGGCUCCAUAGAUACCAAACCAGAAACCACUUCCAAUAACGAAAAUUAACUGAGAUAUGCUUGAUUGAAACAUUUCACUAGGUUCUGCAAAUAUAAAAAUGCCACUCAAUGUGGCUUCAUAGUCAUACAUUUGUUCCCAUUCUUAGUGAUAAGUAAAUUACUGGUAAUGAAUAUGAUAUGACCGAUCAUGCCAUAUCUUGAUGAGCUAUGUGGCGUAUAAAAGCUUAGCUUAAUUGCCAAGGCAACCGAGAGCUAAUUUGUGGAUUAUUUUUCUUGAGAACAAAAUCAUAAGCUCGUCUUUGUCUCGUGUACCACCGAAAAUCUAGAUAGAAGAAAUCACAUGGGUCGACCUAACAGUUGAAGGCAGAAUCAGUCUUUUGAAGGUCAGUGGCCCAUAUGGGGACACAAAAACAGCAAUGGUGUGCGCGAAAUGUGUGAAUGUGAUGUAUCCUGGGAUCUAGUUGGACAUCUUACCUUCAACAUCCUUUUCGACAAGUUUUUUUGUUCUCAAAUUGCGCUGAGACCAAAAUGGAUUCCAAGCUCUUCAAGGGCCUGAUGUGCUAACACAGUGUUUGGUUAAACAAAGUUUUGUGAUGUGAACAGUGAACCAGAGAUGACACUGCUCGACGCUACAGGUGUUCACGCGUACUGGGCGCCGAGCAGAGAGACUUGCGGGGACGGCAAGGGCAGUACUGCAGCCGGCCGUGAUUACCAACGAACUCAACUGAUGGCCACAGCUACCUCCAUCCAUCCGCACUACUACUUCACAACAGUCAGAACACUUUGCUCCCUGCCUCGCCAUCAGCUGCAAGCAUGACGCUGGUCAGUGAGCCUCAGCAGCCCAAGGAGCAGGGAACACAAGCUGCAACAAGCCAUCAUGCUCCAGCAGUUCCAAUUGAGGAAGUUGCAAUUGGGGAUGCGGUGAACACCGAUCAAGAGGAGCAGCGUCGGCAGGCGGCAAGGCGCGAGAGGGACUUCCUGGCAGGGAUCAGGAAGCUCAUCAAGAGCUUCAAGAGCCUCUCCCACAUCUUCGAGAUAUACAAGGAGGACGACGAUGAGAAUGAGGACGACGACAUGGAUGCGGGCAUCGAGAUCGGGUUCCCCACGGACGUGCAGCACGUGGCGCACAUCGGCCUGGAUGGGUCCACCAACUUGUCCAGCCUCAGGGGGCUGGAGGGGGCCAGGGACCUGCUCCCCCUCUCCAACCUCACCACCCUCCAGCAGUUCGAGCUCGCCGUGGCCUCCCUGGCUGCUGCUCCGAGCACAGAUCGCGAUGGGGUGUUAGAUAAAGCCUCCCGUGAUUAGGUUUAUAUAAACUAGGAUGCACAUAGUGCUUGUGAUCAUGGAUGAUGGCCCUUGUUUUCUUGUUGUUUUUGUUCAUGCUUUUUUGGCGGGGGGG